AUGCCUCCUCUGUCGGCAUACACUUCGUUUGAGUCCCUUCUGUUCUUCCAGUCCCUAGCGACUUCUGAUUCCCGACCGACAAGUUUCGGCUCAAUCUCAACCCUUUUGCGAAACAACCAGCUCGUGCGCGAGAAUGCCGAUUUCGAUGCCGAUCGCCUGACCCCGGAGGCGCUGGAAGAUCUUUAUGCGACAUUGAUGCGCGAUGGAUUCAGUCGUGAUGGUGCGCUCCCGGUCAAUGGACGACCCGCAGAUACGUCUGGUCCGCCUAAUCCAAAGAAACGCAAGAUCUCCAGCCCGCGACCAGAGGGAUGGACCGGCGGAUUCACCCAUGCCACGCUUGUCCCAGAGCUAGUGGCACAUCUUUACGCCAAAUACAGAGAUCUAGUCACCAGAGAAAUUAGGGACGAUGAGAAAAAGUACACAGAAAUCAGGGCUGAGCUGGAACGGCUACAGCAGGAGGACGACAAAUCAGCCGCUGCAGCAGCUACAGCACCUACGACGGUGAAGCCGGUGCCCAUCGAAGGGAAGGAUGCUGUUCUGAAGGAGGAAGAGACCCCGCGCCCAGAUGUACAAGAUCAGACAGCUCAACCACUUGCGACGACCGUCCCGAUCGCCCACGACACAGCAAAGCCCGAACCACGGCACAUCGCAAUAAAUCUGCCCCCUACGACAAACGAAUCUCUGAAAAUACACCCCGCGCCUCCUGUGAGCCAACCGCAAGCUCCACUUCCCCAAGCGCAGACCCCGACGCCCAAACCGCAAGACAUAGCUGGACAUGCACCUCAGCCGCAGCCCACCACGACUCAUCCCCUACCAAAACCGUCCAUCCAACCUCCACUUGCUCCAUCUACCCAGAAAGCCCCUACAACGACACCAGCAGGGCCGCAAGUCACACCAGCACAUCCGUCGCAAAUUGCACCUCGUGCCAAUCCCGUCCCACCUGCGCCCAUCGUCACUGGUAAGGCUGGGCCGCUGGCGCCGGCAUCCCAACGAACCCCCGCUCAGCCGAGUUUCCAGCAGUGGCAACUGGAUCCUUCUCCCCACUCACCAUACCCGGUCGUCUCCCCAGGUGCUACUACGCCCCAAGCAGCCCAGGCUACUAACAAGCGACCUGUACCACCGCUUUCCACUAACCCGCCUUUGCCAGGGUCACAAGCCCAGACUCCCAUUCAACCUCCUGUUCCACAAACACCCAGCGCCAUUCCGUCUACAGUUCACACGCCUGUCCCAAUUGGCCGCCCGCGUGUUUCUCAAACCCCGAGUGCCACGUUCCCCUCUUUCUCCGAAUCGCGCGCCUCCCAUCCACGUCUGUCAAUUGACACGCAAGGAUCCUCCACACCAUGGAAGAGAACUCCUCGCCCGAGGGCUUCGCGCUCUCCGACCUCACCGCCACGGCCACGGCCGGAGGACGUCAGUCCCAUCAGUGAACGAGGCCAAUCACCCGUUGAUGCGAUGGAAAUGUCACCUCCCCCGAGAAUCAAUCUAGGCGAACGAGCUCAAUCUGUGGAAGAUAAGAAACCACGACGUGGCCAGCCUAACACAAAACCAGCUCCUAUCAAGACCGAGAAACUCCCUUCAAUGCGGAGGACGCGUGCCGCAAGUUCGGCAUCCUCUCGAAGUCGCGGGCGAUCCAUGGCUUCGCGUGAUGGGUCUGCUGCACCCUCGGAAGACACCGUGCGUGAAUCACGAGCAACGGGCCGCCGAAAGGGUGCAGCUGCUACAGACGAAGGGACUCCGAAACCACGGACAAAACGUAAACGCGGCGCAAGUGAAGCAGUGGAACUUGAACCCCAUCCGGCGGAUAUCCCGAGAUUCGACACGACUCAAUAUGUCAUGGCUACGCGCAACUUCCACCGGACCGCGGCACCGAUUAUGAACGAUGUAGCCACCCACAAGCUUGCCUCGAUCUUUGCCAAGCCAAUUAGCGAGCGCGAUGCCCCUGGGUACCACGAUCUCAUCUAUCGGCCAUCUGAUUUGAAGUCGAUCAAAUCUGCCAUCCACCAGGGAAGCAAAGCCGUCGCCACCGCAGGAGAAUCAGCCAGCACCCCAGCUGGAGAGGGAGAGUCUCCCGCUCCUGGUGGCACACCGUCCAAAAGCGGCGUGCUCAUGUUACAGAAGAAUGAGGAAUUCAUACCACCCAAGGGAGUUGUGAACUCCGCACAGCUAGAAAAAGAGUUGAUUCGCAUGUUCGCCAACGCUAUCAUGUUCAACCCAAUUCCUCAGCGAGGAUUCGGACCAGCCUUCCCCAUGUCUAGUGACCGUGGUUCGCGCGAGAGUACUUACCUGGGCGACUCCGACGAGGGCGGUAUCAUCCAGGACUCGCUGGAGAUGUUUGAGGAUGUUCAGCAGGCUGUUACUCGAUGGCGGGCUGCUGAACGCACUGCCGAUGAAUUGGCUAAUAAGAAUGUCCUCUCCCUUCGGCGUGGAAGUGCCAGUGAUUUCAACACUGACAGUACUGAUGAUGUGAAGGGGUGA